AUGGCUAGUGAGGAGAGUUUUGUUAUUUUGGUUCACCACAGAGGAUCCAUUAAGAGGAAAACUCGUUCUGGAGUGAAGUUCACAGAUAAAGAUCCUCUCUGUAUUGUUGUUACUCCUAGGACGAGUUAUGAUGACCUUGUUAGAUCUGUACUGAUGAAGCUCGGUCUGGAAGAUUUGAAGCGGGUUAAGAAGUUUUUCUAUCGCAUUCCAAUCACGGUGCUCCAGGAUACCGUGAAGUAUGAUUGUUUCACGAUUAGUAGUGAUGAGGACUUGCAAGUAAUGUUUCUUUGUCGGCGGCAGUUUCCGGAGGUCAGGACCCCAGAGUUGUUGGCAAAGCUGGUUGAUGUGCCAAUGGUCCAAGCUGUCGCCUUCCCGUCUUUUGCUGUUGAUCUCAAUGGCAGCGUAGGUGACGACGUAGGUUCAAGGGAAAAUCUGCCGGACAAUUUACUCGGCGUUGCACCGCUUGGCAUUGGAGACGGAGUGUUGGGUGAUGCAGAUGAGGAUGACGUCGAGUCGGAUAUGAUUGACGAUGACAGCGGCGAUGAUAUUGAAGCGAGUGAGCCUGCAUUUGCGGAUAAAGAUGAGGCCCUUUUAAGUGUGAAGACUUACAGCAUCCGGCGAGGGGUACAGUACAAGGUAGUGGAGUCUGAUUAUCGCAGGUAUGUGGGUAAGUGUUCAGAGUUUGGGAACGGGUGCACAUGGUUGAUUCGAUUGAGUCUCCGGCAGCGCAAGGGCAUUUGGGAGGUCAAACGGUACAAUGGACCUCACACUUGUCUUGCCACCUCCAUCUCUAGUGACCACAGGAGUUUGGAUUAUCAUGUGAUAUCGGCGUUCAUUAUGCCAAUGGUUAGGGGUGAUGCAUCCGUCAGCAUAAAGGUGCUCCUGAACGCCACGGCAGCACACUUUAGGUUUAGGCCGACUUACAGGAGGGUCUGGAUGGCAAAGUAG